UAACCUUAGCCCUGCUGGGUGGAGCCUGUCCCAAAACUGUUUUGAUCCACCUCUGCGGCCCCAAAGCCCCUUGGCCUGCAGCAGCUGUGGAUUCAACCAGCUCAGCUCGGCACCAAGGUCGGUCGCUGCACCCUCGCGCCUGCCGCCCAGAGAGCCACUGCCCGCCGGAGCCAUGGUGCACGGGCACAGAGGGGUCAAGUUUGAAAACUGGGCGCGGACCUAUAGCUGUUGCCCAGAGAUGUACUAUCAGCCCACGUCCGUGGAGGAGAUCAGAGAGGUGCUGGCCCUGGCCAGGCAGCAGAAGAAGCGGGUGAAGGUGGUGGGCGGUGGCCACUCGCCCUCGGACAUCGCCUGCACCGACGGCUUCAUGAUUCACAUGGGCAAGAUGAACCGGCUCCUCCAGGUGGACAAGGAGAAGAAGCAGGUGACGGUGGAGGCCGGCAUCCUCCUGGCCGACCUGCACCCACAGCUGGACAAGCACGGCCUGGCCCUGUCCAAGCUGGGUGCAGUGUCGGAUGUGACCGCAGGUGGUGUCAUCGGGUCUGGAACGCACAACACAGGGAUCGACCAUGGCAUCCUGGCCACCCAGGUGGUGGCGCUGACGCUGCUGACGGCCAGCGGGACCGUCCUGGAGUGCUCGGAGUCCAGCAACGCGGACGUGUUCCAGGCCGCGCGGGUGCACCUGGGCUGCCUGGGGGUCGUCCUCACCGUCACCCUGCAGUGCGUGCCCCAGUUCCACUUGCAGGAGACGUCCUUCCCCUCAACCCUGAAAGAGGUCCUGGACAACCUGGACAGCCACCUGAAGAGGUCCGAGUACUUCCGCUUCCUGUGGUUCCCACACAGCGAGAACGUCAGCGUCAUCUACCAGGACCACACCACCAAGCCCCGCUCCUCUUCCGCCAACUGGUUUUGGGACUAUGCCAUCGGAUUCUACCUACUGGAGUUCCUACUGUGGAUCAGCACCUUCCUGCCGUGCCUCGUGGGCUGGAUCAACCGCUUUUUCUUCUGGCUCCUGUUCAACUGCAAGAGGGAGCACGUGGACCUCAGCCACAAGGUGUUCAGCUACGAGUGCCGCUUCAAGCAGCACGUGCAGGACUGGGCCAUCCCCAGAGAGAAGACCAAGGAGGCCCUGCUGGAGCUGAAGACCAUGCUGGAAGCCCACCCCAAGGUGGUGGCCCACUUCCCCGUGGAGGUGCGCUUCACCCGGGGGGACGACAUCCUGCUGAGCCCCUGCUUCCAGCGGGACAGCUGCUACGUGAACAUCAUCAUGUACAGGCCCUAUGGCAAGGACGUGCCUCGGUUGGACUACUGGGUGGCCUAUGAGACCAUCAUGAAGAAGGUUGGCGGCAGGCCCCACUGGGCCAAGGCCCACAACUGCACCCGGAGCGACUUUGAGAACAUGUACCCUGCCUUUCCAAAGUUCUGCGCCAUCCGAGAAAAGCUGGACCCGACCGGGAUGUUCCUGAACGCGUAUCUGGAGAAGGUGUUCUACUGAACGGGCAGGAAGCCGGCCGCCCUGCCCAGGGGAGCAGACCUCCCUCCUUCCCCCGACCCCGUGUGAUGAGCUGAGCCCCGGCAGCCCCCUUCCCUCACAUCCUUUGUGCUCACAGAACCCCCACUGGAGAUAUAGACCCCGCGUCCCAAGCCUGAGACCACUGUAUCCUAUUUUCCCAGGAGAAAGGGGAGCCCUAACUUCUCACAUAGUCGAGAAGGGCAGGGAUUGGGUCAUUCGCCGGUUCCACCUGGGUGUGGAAGUGGAAUUCCCAGGGUCUGUAGCUUCAGGGGUUCCCUCUCCAGCCCUCAUUGGAAGGAGGGGCCCUCGGCUCGUGUUUGGUCCCAGAAGUCGCGUGCACCGGGCUCUACUUUCUCUCAUGGGGAGGGUCUUACAAAUGCUCAGGUGAGCGCCCACCUGCCCUGGGACCGCCCCUUCUAGGUGGGCCUGGCCCUGCGCCCUCCCGUAGCCUGACCCACAGCUUGUCUGUUUCAGGGGUGUCUGGGCAUUGGGACCCUCUGUGGCUUCUUAAUAAAGACUAAGAAUCAAUCCCUCUCUGUUCCCUGCUCUUCACGUCCCAGGCAAUGCUUUGGGAGCAGGAGGUCUCUCUUCUAGGGUAACAGGGUUUGGUCUUGCCUAGAAAAUGCUUCUCAUACUGCUUUUUCCGAGCUUAGUUUCAAUCUGCCUCUGACCUGCCUGACUUUGUGGACUUCACGGAGCCCGUUCCUCCAUCCUCUGCUACCCACCAAGUGCUGUAGGGGUAUUAAAAGAACCUUAAGAUAUUAUAGGUUCCUGCCCUCGAGAAAUUUGUCUCCUAAUCAUUUCUCUCUUGAGCGGUUAAUAUCCAGAAUACAUAGAGAACUCCAACAACUCAACAACAAAAAUACA